UUUGAAAACUUCUUUCUGUUCUUAUUGCAACAAAAUUAAUCUGCUGAACGGAAACUUAUUUAACUUGUACAAAAAAUACAAUGAUUUGCCUGUGACAUCUCUAUUUACGAUUUGAAAUAAUUUUAAAUCAAAUAUGGAAAAUAUGAGCGAAGACUCCAGUUCUUCUGUCGGGAGUUAUUCCGAGCGGGACAGUCCCAUAAAUUUCUCCAAAAAUCAGGGCCAUAUGUCCACUAAAGCUUCGGCAUUUUCUAUCGACGCUCUGAUCGGGAAGAGGACUUUAGCGCAAUUUCACAAAAAUGACUUUCCGUCGGGUAUUUCUAUACACUGUGCCGACGAAAAUGACAACGACUGUGAUUCUAGAAGAAGAUCGUGCUGUGAUUCGCCGCCGAGUAAACGCGCAAAAAUUACCGACGGCCUGCAUGUAGCUCCUUUAGAACGACUGGUGGAGUCCGCCACUUCCCUUUCCACGCAGCGCUCUCCGUCCAGUGACGAUCUCUCCAGUCCCCGGAAGGGCGACACGCCGACAUUCGCUGCCAAGUCGGAGGCGCUUGACGUCACCGACGAUACAGACGUCGUGAGUUCACCACCGACGCCGCCGUUCUGCAAGGAGCUGGCGGAAGUUGAGUGCCGACUGGAGACCAAGGAUCUCUGGGAUAAGUUCCACGAGCUGGGGACGGAAAUGAUCAUCACAAAAACCGGAAGGCGGAUGUUCCCUACGGUGCGUGUGUCGUUCAAGGGGCUAGAGCCGGAUACGCGCUACAGCGUUCUCAUGGACAUUGUGCCGGUGGACAGCAAACGCUACCGGUACGCCUACCACCGGUCCUCAUGGCUCGUCGCCGGCAAGGCCGACCCGCCCCUUCCCACCAGAUUCUACGUGCACCCAGACUCCCCGUUCUCCGGAGAACAGCUGGCCAAGCAGACGGUGUCGUUCGAGAAGCUCAAACUCACUAACAACAUGCUCGACAAGAACAGCCAGAUCAUCCUGAACUCAAUGCACAAGUACCAGCCCCGGAUCCACAUCGUUCGCAAAAAGGACUCGAGCCCGAACCUCCCCUCCGUGACCAGCCUGGAGGCCGAGGAGUUCAAGACGUUUAUCUUCCCGGAGACCACGUUCAUAGCGGUCACCGCCUAUCAGAACCAGCUGAUCACUAAGCUGAAGAUCGACAGCAACCCGUUUGCCAAGGGUUUCCGGGACUCCACGCGACUGACGGAGUUUGACAGCUUCUAUCCAAGUCGGGAGAGCAUGGAGAACCUUAUGUCGCAGCACACGUACGCACGCUCCCCCUUACGGGCGUACACGGAGGCGGAAAUUGAGGAGUCCCUCAAGCAGCACAGAGAAAUGAUGGCGCGAGAAGAUCCGUCCGCGAUGGAGAAACAGGGCGUUAUGACGUCACCAUGGGCCAUGUGGCGUCCGCUGUCGACGUCAAUGCUCGGCGCCUCCCCGUACUCGCCGUCAGAGCGAUCUCUCUACGCCCUUUACGGCGGACUGUUCGGCUUGAAUAAUUCCAAUUUCGUUUUCCCAGCGUUAGGACUACAUCCGUUCAUGGCGGCAAACAACUUGAGCAAUUUAAGACUAAGAGAGGGCAUGCCCGCGUCAGUGUAUAACACGGAAGUUCCACCUGUUGCGCAUGCGCAGUUGCAUUAUCCAACAGCGCUGUACAGAUAUCAUCCAUACUUCGCUUCAGACAAAUCAUCCGCUCAGAAAACACCACCGUCGUCGUCGUCGUCGGCAGAAUCCUCGCCCGGUGUCGAUCCCAUGCGCCCCUAGGCCUCUGACUAUGCACAAGAUAUUAAAAUGUGCAAAGCUUGUAGGAAAGUUCUUAACAAAAAAAAUAGUUGUGAUAUUAAUAAGAGUCGUGUGAAUGAGGUCACAUUGACAUAGGUAUGGCCCACUUCAUUGUUAUACAGGAAAACUUUAGCGGGAUCUAUUGUUUGUGUAUGCACAACAAUUGUACAUACAUUGUUGUUAUCAUUCUGUUUCAUUUUGUACAAUAUCAUGUAUACAUCUAUUUAUUACUCCUUCUUA